GUUUUCACAAGUCAGUUGGACAGGGGCAGAGAUGGCUCUGAUCUGAGCUAAAUUGCGUUUCUCUCACUGGCCUUACUUAGCUUUCUGUCACUACCUCUAAGGCCAGGGCACAUUUCAUUCACUGACUCUGAUUCUAGGGGCCAAGAGUGUUUCUUUGGUACUGGUUUCAAAGUCAGGGCAUAUUUCCUGGGUUCUGGGUUUGGGGAUAAAAUGUUCACUUCUCUAGCUCAGGUCCCAAACACAGGCUGUGUUUCUUUCCCUGGUCCUGAGCCCUAGGGCCAGGAGUCUGCUGUCCUGCUCUGUGAUUGGUUGAUUUCACAUGUCAGUUGGACAGGGGCAGAGUUGGCUCUGAUCUGAGCUAAACUGUGUUUUUCUCACUGGCUUUAUCUGAGCAAUCCUUUCCUAGUUCUGGGCUCCAUGGUCAGGGUGGAUUUCUCUAGCCAGCCCCUUUUCCCUACAAAAACCACACACACAAAGAUUGGCUCGUUAUCUAUCUGUCUGUCUGUCUGUCUAUCUACCCAUCUAUCCAUCAGAAGCAGACUAAGAAUGUGGCUCACACACUGAGAAGGGAUAGGAGAGGGCAGGGAUAACCCAAACUGAGCAGAUGCCAGCUGGGUCCCCACCACCACCACACCUAGGUGGCCAGCCCAGGGCGCGAAAAACCAGGCGGAACUCAGGACGCGAGCGCAGCGCCAGCUUGCGGACCACGGGGAGUGUGCGCACCGGAAGCGGUCCUGAGAGAUGAACAUGGCGGCCGCCUGGGGCCUGCGCUGGGGCCUGCACCGAGCUGGAAUCUUGUUGCUCCCGCCGCCCGCGCGCUGUGCUCGCCACGCUCUGCACAGACAGGUAGACGGCACCGAAUUCCAGAGCAUCUACAGCCUGGACAAGCUCUACCCCGAGUCCAAGGGCGUGGAUACGGCCUGGAAGGUCCCGGAGCAUGCGAAACAAGCCAGCAGUGACAUCCCUCUAGAUCGAUUGAGCAUAUCUUACUGCCGGAGUAGCGGUCCUGGGGGGCAGAAUGUUAACAAAGUGAAUUCCAAGGCUGAAGUCAGGUUUCACUUGGCCAGUGCAGACUGGAUUGCUGAGCCCGUGCGCCAGAAAAUUGCUCUCAAGCAUAAAAACAAGAUCAACAAGGCAGGAGAGCUGGUUCUUACCUCCGAGAGCAGUCGCUAUCAGUUCCGGAAUCUGGCAGAAUGCCUACAGAAAAUUCGAGACAUGAUUGCUGAGGCCAGCCAGUUGCCCAAGGAGCCAUCCAAAGAGGACGCUCAGCUCCAGAGACUCAGGAUAGAAAACAUGAAUCGGGAAAGACUGCGACAGAAAAGAAUAAACUCUUCCAUAAAGACGAGCAGGAGGGUGACUGUGGACUGAAGUCACCACACUGCCAGCAGAGACUGGGGUGUCAUGCAGCUCUGCAGAGAGCCGCCGUACCAGGGGAGCCUUGGCAGAACGUUCCUCGGGAGGGGAGGCUACAGGUCACCCAGGGCAGCCCCUUAGGUGGCCACUUCAUUUAUUACUGGCUGCAAUAAACUC